AUGAAUGACAGAGCCAGUGAAAGUGAGUCUUCGGGCCCUAAUAUUAGAAAAGGCAGUGUUUUCAAUAAACCCGUAGAUCUAGACGAUGUGCUGGUUAACGAGCUUGGCCAGUUUGGCCGCUACCAGCUUCUUAAUCUGCUCCUACUCUCUGCCCCUUUGAUCAUGUCGGCUUUCCCGAGCGAGUUUAUCUUCUCAGCUGCAGCCAUUCCGCACAGAUGUCGCAUUCCCGAAUGCGGGGAAGAUAGUCGGAGUAAUUUGUUUGAACCUGGUUGGGUCUUGAACGCCAUCCCUGCAGACGACAGUAAUACUGGCUUCGCAAGCUGCAGUCGCUUUCUAUCUACGGGCAAUGGAACGUUGAACUCCUGUCCCGUCAACCUGUUCGCCACCACUACCACAGAUUGUAAUAACGAAUUUGUUUACAGUAGACACAAUUCAGUCGUGUACGAAUUUAAUCUCGGGUGUCAAGAAUGGUUCCGUGCACUGGCCGGCACUCUUAGCAGUGUUGGUACUCUCUUGGUCCUGCCCAUCACCGGCUACGUGUCCGAUCGAUUCGGAAGAAAGGCUGCUCUCGUCAUUAGCGGCUUUAAUUUAGCACUCAUAGGAUUAAUUAGAGCAUUUUCUGUAAAUUAUCCCAUGUAUCUUGCAUUACACCUUCUCCAAACUACUCUUGGUGCUGGUAUAUAUAGUUCUGCUUACAUCUUUGCUACUGAAUUUGUGGGUCCUCGUUAUCGUGUUUUGACUAGUGCUACUUGCUCGUCGAUGUUUGCCGUCGGCCAGGUCACCCUUGGAGGAGUGGCUUGGCUGGUCGAACCAUGGCGGUAUAUGAUCAUGAUUCUACACAUUCCAUGCUUCCUCAUCGUAGCCUACUACUGGCUCCUGGAUGAGAGCGUGAGGUGGCAACUGUCCAAGGAGAAAUAUGAUGAAGCAAAGACGACGUUACAGAAUGUCGCACGAGUCAACAGAAAACAGAUCAGCGAAAAAUCAAUGCAUGCUUUGAUGAACCCGCAACGUCAACCAGAUAUGUCCAACCGACCAAGCUUGAUCAAAGCUAUUUGGAACUCGUCGGUGCUACUACGGCGUGUUUGCACCACCCCUAUCUGGUGGAUUACUACCACCUUCGUCUACUAUGGUUUGUCCAUCAACGCGACUAGCCUCUCCGAGACGAUGCACCUGAACUACAUACUGACAGCAGCCAUUGAAAUACCAGGCUUUUAUACCGCCGUGUUGGUCUUGGACAGAAUUGGCAGAAAACCCACCAUUUGCACCGGCUUCUUAUUCAGCGCCGUUUGCAACAUUGCCUUCACGUUUACACCUCAAGAUAUGGCUACACUUCGCCUGAUCAUCUAUCUGCUCGGCAAGUUCGGCAUCUCCAUGGUGUUCACGUCGAUAUAUCUGUUUACGUCUGAGCUGUAUCCUACGAAGUACCGCCACAGCCUGCUAGCAUUCUCUUCUAUGGUUGGACGAAUCGGAUCCAUCACGGCUCCGCUUACUCCUGCACUAAUGGAGUACUAUGCUGGCAUUCCCACCUUAAUGUUCGGAGCAAUGGGCAUUCUCUCGGGUAUCCUCGUCCUUACGCAACCCGAGACCCUUGGGACCAAGUUGCCUGACACCCUGGAGGAAGCUGAGGUGAUCGGUUUGCCGGAAUCCAUGAGACAACGAUGA